GGAUGGGCCGGCCCGGGGAGUUUAUCCCACCAGAAGGGAACGGUUUCUCCGGCUGAGACUUGACAGCACCAGAGAUUACAAUGGUUGACACAGAAAUGCCGUUUUGGCCCGUUAAUUUUGGAAUUAGCCCAGUGGAUCUGUCUGCGAUGGAUGAUCAUAUGCAUUCCUUUGACAUAAAGCCAUUUACCACUGUUGAUUUUUCAAGCAUUUCUUCUCCACACUAUGAAGAUAUACCUCUUGGAAGAGCUGAUCAAACAAGCAUUGAUUAUAAAUAUGACAUCAAGCUCCAGGAUUGCCAAAGUGCAAUCAAAAUGGAGCCUCCUUCUCCACCCUAUUUUUCUGAAAAAGUGCAGUUAUACAAUAAACCACAUGAGGAGUCUUCCAACUCAUUUAUGGCUAUUGAAUGUCGUGUGUGUGGGGACAAGGCCUCUGGAUUUCAUUAUGGAGUGCAUGCAUGUGAAGGUUGUAAGGGCUUUUUUCGAAGAACAAUCAGAUUAAAACUUAUUUAUGACAGGUGUGAUCUUAAUUGUCGCAUCCAUAAGAAAAGCAGAAAUAAAUGUCAAUACUGCAGAUUUCAGAAAUGUCUUGCAGUUGGAAUGUCACAUAAUGCCAUCAGGUUUGGGCGAAUGCCACAGGCGGAGAAGGAGAAGCUCUUGGCAGAGAUUUCCAGCGACAUCGACCAGUUAAAUCCUGAAUCUGCUGAUCUGCGAGCGCUUGCCAAGCAUUUGUAUGACUCAUACAUAAAGUCCUUCCCUCUGACCAAAGCCAAGGCAAGGGCGAUCUUGACAGGAAAGACGACAGACAAAUCACCAUUUGUUAUUUAUGACAUGAACUCUUUACGGAUGGGAGAAGACCAGAUCAAGUGUAAGCAUGUAUCACCACUGCAGGAGCAGAACAAAGAAGUAGCAAUUCGCAUUUUCCAGCGAUGUCAGUUUCGCUCUGUGGAAGCAGUGCAGGAGAUUACGGAGUUUGCAAAGAACAUUCCAGGUUUUGUGAAUCUUGACCUGAAUGAUCAGGUAACUCUCCUGAAAUAUGGUGUCCAUGAGAUCAUAUAUACUCUCCUGGCUUCUCUGAUGAAUAAAGAUGGAGUUCUUAUAUCUGAUGGACAAGGAUUCAUGACACGGGAGUUUCUGAAGAGCCUGAGAAAACCUUUUUGUGACUUUAUGGAGCCCAAGUUUGAGUUUGCUGUGAAGUUCAAUGCACUGGAAUUAGAUGACAGUGACCUGGCAAUAUUUAUAGCUGUCAUUAUACUAAGUGGAGAUCGCCCAGGUUUGUUAAAUGUGAAGCCCAUUGAAGAUAUACAAGAUAAUCUGUUGCAAGCUUUGGAGCUCCAGCUAAAGCUGAAUCAUCCAGAGUCAUCACAACUGUUUGCAAAAUUGCUUCAGAAAAUGACAGACCUCAGGCAAAUAGUAACGGAACACGUGCAGCUGUUGCAAAUAAUAAAGAAAACGGAAACAGAUAUGAGUCUUCAUCCACUCCUACAAGAAAUCUAUAAAGACUUAUAUUAAUGGCAAUAGUAGUUCUUAUCCUCUGACAUAAUGUAUGUUCUUCAGAUUGCACUAUUUCUUUGAGAGAAAACUUUGCAUACUUAAGAAAUUACUGUGAAACAGCAUUUAAAGAAGAGAGAGCUUAGUAUAGUAGAUCUAUUUUAUGCAUAUUGUUUAUAAAGACACAUUUACAAUUUACUUUUAAUAUUAAAAAUAUCUAUAUCAUGAAAUUGUUGGCAGUAUUUUCAGAAUUAAUUUUUUUAACUAUCUUAUUUCUUAAAAUUGCUUGACAAGUAUGAUUGGUGCUUGCUUCACUAUGGUUGGUUAAGCAUGAAGUUAAAUUUUCAACUUAAAAAUAAAAAUCUUUCUCCUUAAACAUUUCUAGGGAAACAUUUUAAGUAUUAUGUUUGAUUCUGUGUUCCCAAGGCAGUGGCAAAGUGACAAUGAAGUUGAAUCAUGGAUUAGCGUAACUUCACACAAGAACUCAGAAGGUAAAAUUAGACAUGUCAGGUCUAGUACUUGUUCCUACCAUUGUAUAUUUUUACACUGAUAGACUUCUGUAACGAGGACUUGGUAUAAGUAUGAAUUAGGCCCAUCAUUUAUGGACAAACUCAAAAACUUGACUCCAUUUCAAGCAUUAAUUGAGGAAUAUGCAUUGUCCAUCACUCUUAGGAAGCAGCCUUGUCAGUUGCUCUGCUCAUACAGUUCCAAGACAAGUGGUGAAGCAGUCUGUGUGGAGAUGCAGUGCAGCUGCCUCUCUGCCAUGAUCUGCGAUGCACAUGCCACACCAGAUAGUGCUAAUGCAGCCUUCAGCUGCUCUGGGAAGUCUGUUGUUGGAAUCGAUUCACAUAAUACCAAAGUUAUUUGAAAAAUAUAUUCAGUCAAAAUGCUAUGGAAAAUUGGGAUAGGAUGACUCCUCUUAAAUAAAAGCAAGAUUUGAAUUCAUUCUUGGAAGCACAAACCUGUAAUGGAAACCCUAGUACAUUAGUUUGACUUGAGAUAUCAUUAUUUAUCACUGGGAAUGAGAAUGCUUUUGAGAGGUUCAAUGCUUUAAGAUUGCUAAUUUUAUUUUAUGCUUUGCACUAUAGUGUCAAACAAGAUUUCCACAGGGAGCAAAGCAUAGGAGAAUGCAAAAAUUUGUUAAAAGGUAAAUUUAGUUACAUUAUCUUCUAGUAUUCUCAAUACAACUGUGAGAUUACCUUAGAUUCACAUGUAUUCACAUGUAUUGUGGCCACAUUUACUGUUUGUGAAUUAUUUGAGAAACUAAAGCAAGUACGAUCCACAGUGAUGUGCUCAAGAACAGAAUUUUGGAAAGAAAAAAAAGCCACUAACUGUAACACAUAUCUUUGAAGCAAGGAGUGGUCCUUUAUUGAAUACCCUUAGUUUCCACACAGUGACCAAGUUUUCUUUAUUUAGCAAAAAGUGUGCCUUAAACUUAGAUAUUUCUAGUGGUGAUAUGUAAGCAGACCAAAAAGGAGUAGAAUUUGGAAUAGAUGAGAAGGCACAAUUUUCAGCGACUCUAAAUUGGCCUUCCUACCAACGCGGCCCUUGGAAAUCUUAGUUGGUACAAAAAGAGGCUGUCAGAAUUAAAUAUUAAAAUAAAUCUUUACGCUUAUGCCUUACAUAAAUAUUUCCUACUACUUAUUUCAGGCAACCUCUGGGCCUAUGGUCAGUAGUAAGCAUUAUGCCUACCAGGAAGUGAUUGGAGAAUUGGAUCAUUCAGCCUCGAGGUUAAAAAUCCACAGAUGAGAUUUCAGUGAGAUGAAGUCAGUGUGAGGCUAAACAGCUUUGAUCUUCACUAAGUUUCAGGUAACUUAGAAAAAUUGCCCUAAAACAAAUGGUGUGUUGUGAGUUAAGGCUCAAAUUGCAUGUUUUCCUGCACUUUAGAUUUAGGCCCAUUGCGCGAACUGAGCAUUAGAUUCUGACAGGGAUUGCACACACACUGAUUUGUGGCUGUUACCAUUCAAAAGAAGUUGUUCUCUCAGGAACUCACUUUCAGCUGGACACUGGCCACUUGAAGUUUUGCCACCUACCACUUAUUGGAAAACCUCCGUUUAAUUGCAGAGUUCAUCCCCUCCUCUAGGAGGACAUACCAAAGACUAACUGGUACCAAGAUAGACCACAGUUCUAAUACCGAAUUCCUAUAAUAGUAAUAUACUGUAAAAAAUAUUAAGCUGAGACUGCAUUUCCCACAAAAUCCAAUUUCACAUUGGAAUCACUAGAAAUGAGAUACCAAAAUUAGUUUUAAAUAAAAGGGAAUGCUGAGGCAUAUUCUUACAUGAGUAUUAUUAAACGUUAUUUGAAAAGGACAGUGGAAAAGAUGCAUUGAAAAUGAAAUUAAAUUAAUGACUUUGUUACAGUAAGAAUUUCUCUGUAAGUAAGAAGCUCAGUAACUCAGAGAAUAUCAUUCUACUUCAUUGCAAGUGGUAAUAUUUUUGUGAGUAACAGUUUAGCAGUUGCACUUCUUGAGGAUUUCAGUCUAACGCAGACAUAUACAAUGCAUAUAUUUUGAGAGUGGUAAUGUAAUAGUUGUCAUAAUGCUCUAAGGAUAAAAGACAAUACACAUUUGCAGGAACAGGUGUUAUCCUUUAUUAUUAUGGGGGGACUGAGUGCCCAAAAAGCCUAUACUUUUAAUUCAACUGUAUAAGCUGCUUUAAUAAAAUAUAUCGUUCUCCCUACAUCCUGGCUUCUCUUACAUUUUGAUAAUUAUUUAUCAUGUUUUCCUAAAGCCAUGGAAAAUAUUAAUUUUUAUGUGAAUUACUAAUCACAGAAAUGUUCUAAUUCUAAACGGUUACAUCAUGGUUAGGAAGUUUUGCCUAAAAUACUUUUCUACAAGAAUAGGUCUUAAGGGAAAAAUGUUCAUUUAAUGGACAAUUGCUGCGUACUAAUUUAGAACAAAUGACUGUUAUGAGGAUAUGAAAACAUUUUCUCAAAAAACAGUGUUUUCUCUUGUGAAUUAUGUUCAGAAUUUUGAUCUAAUUGUAAAUACUUAUUGUUUCUAUGGGAUUUUAUUUAUUAA